CCUCUUGGCAGCAGGUGAGGUCAAAUGCGGAGGAAAGGAGUGGAAGAGGUUUGCUGACAGGUGGAGGCAAAUAUAGCUUUAAGCUAAAGAGGAACAAAUGGACGAGAGUAAAACGGCACUGACGGAGAGCCUCGUAAUAUGGCUGCAGACCUUCAACACUGCUGCACCCUGCAGAACAGUGGAGGAGCUGACCACUGGAGCGGCAAUAUCUCAGGCACUGAAUCAAAUAGACCCAGCAUGGUUCACUGAUGGAUGGCUCGGCCGUAUAAAAACAGAUGUUGAGGAAAACUGGAGACUGAAGAUGAACAACCUGAAGAAGAUCCUUCAGAUGGUGGUUGAUUAUUAUAACGAGGUCUUAGCCCAGGAAAUCUCAGACUUCCCUUUGCCAGAUCUGGCCCAGGUGGCAGAGCAUUCGGACCCCGUGGAGCUGGGGAGGCUGCUGCAGCUUGUACUGGGCUGUGCUGUCAAGUGUGAGCGUAAACAAGAAUACAUUCAGAUCAUCAUGACCUUGGAGGAGUCUGUGCAGCACGUUGUAAUGACAGCCAUCCAGGAGCUCAUGAGUAAAGAGAUCAUGGCCCCAUUUGGAGCAGAACCAUCAGGGGACUUGGAACAGCAGCUGAAAAAAGCCCUGGAGGAACUCUCUGAACUUGUGGCAGAGAAGGAAGCAUUAGCCCAGCGCUGUCAAGAGCUCGACGUACAGGUGGCGGUUCUUCAGGAGGAACGGAACAGCUUGUUGGCUGAGAAUGAUGUCCUAACAGACCGAGCCAAUCAGCUGGACACAUUUGACGACCCAAGCACCCCCUCAGGAAGAAAACACAGCCAGCUGCAGCAACAGUUAGAGGCGCUGCAGGAAGAGAACUUCAGGCUGGAGGCUGCCAAGGAUGACUACCGGAUCCACUGUGAAGAGUUGGAGAAGCAGCUGAUCGAGGUUCAGCACCGUAAUGACGAGCUCACCAGCCUGGCAGAAGAAUCUCGAGCCCUCAAAGAUGAACUGGACGUUCUGAGGAACUGCUCAGACCGUGUGGUGAUGUUGGAGGCUUCAGUGGAUACAUACAAACGUAAACUGGAGAAUUUAGGCGAUCUGAAGAGGCAGAUGAAGCUGCUGGAGGAGAAUAACAUGACAUACAUGCACAACACUGUCAGCUUGGAGGAAGAACUGCGCAAGGCCAACGCUGCGCGUGCACAGCUCGAGACCUACAAGAGACAGGUCCAGGAGCUACACAGGAAGCUGUCGGAGGAGUCGAGGCGAGCAGAUAACCUGGCCUUUGAGAUGAAGAAGUUAGAGGAAAAGCAUGAAACUGUAAUGAAGGAGAAAGAGAGGAUCAUCAUCGAGAGAGAUUCUCUGAAGGAGAUCAACGAGGAGCUGCGAUGCACUCAGGCUCAACAGCACCAGCUCUCCCAAGCAGGGAUGAUUCCUUCUGGCAGCCCCAGCCACGAUAAUCUGGCAGCUGAAUUAAUCCCCAUUGAGUACAGAGAAAAGUUCAUCAGGCUGCAGCAUGAGAACAAGAUGCUGAGAGUGCAGCAGGAGGAGUAUGAGAGGGAGAAGAUCGCUGCACUGCAGACCCAGCUGGAGGAGGCACAUAAGACACGUAGUGAACUGGACACUGAGAACAGGUUGAGUCGAGAGCGGGUCAGUGAGCUGCAGCAGCAGGUGGAGGACCUCCAGAGGGCUCUGCAGAGUCAGGCGGCCAAACCUGAUGAUUCAAACCUGAAGCGGAAACUCGAUGCACAUAUGGUCCAGCUGAACGAGGCUCAGGACGAAAUCAUGAAGAAGAAAGAGCUGCUGGAGGACCUUCAGCCUGACAACACGCAAACCUCCUUGAAGCUGGAUGAGCUGAUGGCUGCUCUGAAGAAGAAGGAUGAUGACAUGAGGGCCAUGGAGGAGAGGUACAAAAUGUACCUGGAGAAAGCUCGCAAUGUUAUCCGUGCGUUGGAUCCUAAACUAAAUCCAGCCACUGCUGAGAUCCAGGCUCUGAGGAACCAGUUAGCGGAUCGGGACAAGCAGAUUCUCAACUUGGAGCGUCAGUGUGAGCAGGCCAAACUCAGAGAGUAUGAGGAGAAGCUGAUCGUCACUGCGUGGUAUAACAAGAGUCUGAGCUUUCAGAAGCUGGCGAUUGAAUCACGUCUCGGUGGCUGCACCUCCUCCGUGCUGUCCCCCGGCCAGUCCUUCUUGUCCCAGCAGCGGCAAGUCUCAAACGCCCCACGCCGGGCGCUUUCCAUCAGCGUGCCAGCCACUACCUCUAAGUAGACCUCAUCAGAGAGCCAAAUGUCUCACCUUUAAUCAGUGAAGGGAAGAAUACUCUUCUCCCAACAGUGAGCACUUAAGUGACCUUAAACACAUCUGCUCUCAGCGCUUCAGGAGGGUCACGGACAAGCUGAUUGGGAUCAAUGAGCACUUACUUUUCAAACAAAUCCUUAUAGGUCACAUACCUGACGUUACAGCAAACUAUCCCGUAAUACACUGGCUACAGGCUGACCUUUCAUAGAACAGACACCCACAACCUGUGUUCACCUCACUAGCUGAAGUAGCGCACACUGUCCCUUAAUUCCCUUCUGCUCCGUGUGUUUGCUUUGCCAACUGCAGACUCGGCUGAAUACUUGCUGUAAUCAAUCUAGCCUUCACUCUCUUACAUCCUGUCACGCUGUGUACUUGAACAGGAAGAAGAGAAAUGUAAAUAUAUGCUUAACUGUUUUAUUCAGAAUUGGAGCCCAUAAUAUAUAUGAAUGUGAUUUUUUUAAAAAGGGUUACUUGAAUGCUAAAGCCAACUAACUUCAGAUGAUUGUUGAUGUAUAGAAAACAGAACCAUCAUACUAUGCAGCUAAAGGAAUACUUCACUCACAACACGAUCAGUUGUGUAUCACUUACUCUACUCACACUGUUACCAUGAAUUGGUGAAGAACACUUUGUUUUUCUCACGUGCCUCCACAGGGAACAAAGAUUUCUUGAUGAGUAAAAGGGGGCCUCAUUUAACAACAGCAAAACAAUAUCAAAACAUUAAACUCGUGCAGUAUAAUCCAGGUCUCAUCGAUCCAGUUAUAUACUCAGUGCUUCCCAAACACAUGCAUUUUUGCUCAAACUAUUUAAUCACUUCUGCAUAAACAGUCUCACACAACUCUGCUCUUGCACUCCAUUAGGCAGAGUUCAAACGCACAUGCCUGCCCAGGCGCACUACUCAUCCAUCCAUGUGUGAGACUGUUCUCUGAUAUAACAGUGAAUACUUACUGUGACCGUGUUUAAAGAUAUUGAACAUUGUGCGAAAUAUUGUCAAACAGCAGUUUCACUUCAAAAGAAUCUGUGUCAGGAAACGUGUGGAUGAAUACACAUGUAAUGACAGUGAGAAGUAGACUGGCUGAAUGUGGAAUAACUGAGCCAUACUAAGAUAUCUGAGGCUGUUCAUCUGUUUUGUAAAGGGAUGAACGUCUACCGAACGUACCUGUAAUUCUUAAAAAUAUUGGAGCUGGUGGUACCUACAGGUUAUUGUGCGAUGGUUUUAUUGGUUCGGCGCAUCUGAGAUCAAAUUGGGCUGAAUGUGGCCCAUGAACUGAAAUGAGUUUGACACCCCAGGUUUACGCGUAUGUGUUUUAAAAGAAAAAAUGCAUGUGUUUGAGAAGUAUUGAUCGUACGACUAGAUAAGUUAGACUUGGAUUAUACUGCCAGGUUGUGUUUAAGUUUGUAAAUCGAUGUUUUGAUAAGUUUUGUUGUGGUCACUGAAAAAAAAACCUUUUUGCAAAACUCUCUCCAGGGUAAAGACUUUCAGAAACUGAGAACACUGAGUUUUUGUCUUUUAAUGGCAGUGUGUGCUGUUAACUCCUUCGUCAGGCCUAACUUACAUAAAUGAACUGUUACUUUUCAACUUAUUUGGGAACAGCAGUACCAGAAUGCGCCACCAGAGGUCGCUGCUCCAGGUAGCCUUCCUGUAACAGCUGUUUUUCAGGCUGCUAAUUGGCCAACAUCAUCCUCGUCGUGAGGUGUUAGGGUUAUGGUUGUAUCCCUGCUGUAGGUUUGGCAUCUCCUGACAGCUCUUCAGUUGUGUUUUGCAUUUUCAUUUGGAGAUUUCUUUCUAACAGUGCAUCUGGACAAGAUUCUUUUUGAGUUUUUGAGAACAAAGAAUGGAGAAACCUUCUUUUCGAAAACACCCAUGCUCAUGUCGAUUAGGCUUAGAUUCCUUGUUUACUGUUAAGGCAUGCGAGGCAAAGUGUUUGUCACAAAUCCACCUAAACACGGUGUGUAUAGAUAUACAAAUGAUCAUUUUGUGGGUGAAGUAUUCCUUUAAGGGGGAACUAAUGUAAUCACGCAGCAGACUGACUAAAAGACAGACGUGCUUCAGAUUUCUUUGAGAAAUGGAUUGCUAUAUUUGGUGCUGGCCACCACCUGCUGUCAAGCAUCAGACAUCAGUCAGUUUACUAAAAUGAAACAAGCACAUCAUGUAAAGCUGUGAAAAUCCUAUAAAUCAUAUAAAGUGAUCAACGUCUGAGGUGCUGCAACAACAAACCCUACACAAGAAAUCCAGGACGAGUGUAUCUCAUGUAUUUUCUAUACUCCUAAAGUGUGAUUUGACUUCCUUGCUGGCAGCAUGCUCUAAAUGAAAACUGGCAGGCCUUUCUAUUCACUAAAGCUCUUGAGUAAUCAAGUCUGUGAAGUUGUACAGCUGUAAUGUAAACAUGAUUUAACACCAGCUUCUGAUCCGAAUGUCAGAUCCAGGUUAAGCUUUCAUCAGUACCUGCAAAUUGUAACUUGAGAAUUUUAAUUGUAGUCGAUAUUGUAUUUAAUCAUCGACGUUUUCAGGCUGUUUUAGUGUCAGUGGGAGUUCAGGGUGGAGAGCGCUGUUAGAAGCUGCUGUUCUCUUUGAUAUUGUGGGUUAUUGGCUGUCCAACCCUCUUCAAGUUAAACUGCACUACUUUCACACCAUGAAAUGGCUGUUGAUUGUCACUCUGUAUGUUUGCAUUAACACUAAAGAGGCAUUCUGUUAUGAUGGUUUUGCCAUUUGUGAUCUAUAUGUCGAAGCGCUUUUAUUUUCCUUUGCAGUGGAUGAUUCUCGUAGAUUGCUGAUUUAAAAGCAGUGUCAUUUAUAUGAUGAUAAGUACAAUCAAACGUAGAACAGCACAAGGUGUUGUAUGUUUGUGUGUAAAUGAAGAAAAGUUGAGGAAGGAAGUAUGAAUUUUCAGGAAUUUAAGGAAAAAUUAAAGCCUUUGGUUUUGUUGUGAGUAAAUGAAUAAAUAAAUAAAUAAAUCCUUUUUCUAAAAA